GUGCUGUAGUGUUUUAACUUGACCCUUUGACCAAUUAAUAGCACGGAAAUACAUCAGUUACAGGCGCAUAGUGUCUACUGGGUUACUUUGCGCAUAUUAGAUGUAUACACUGGAUUACAGACAUGAAAUGUUUCAUAGAAAUCUGUCUUCUUGUAUACAUUUAUUGUGCUUUGGUGACAGCAAAAGCUUGUACUUCCGGUUGGUUCGGUUCUGAAUGUCAGUUCAAGUGUCACUGCAGCGCUAAUGGCGUAUGUGACGCUAACGGUCGAUGUCCAACAAAAUGUGACAAAGGAUGGUUUGGAUUGUCAUGCCAGUAUCAGGAUUUGGCUUCAACUGCCACUACAAUAACAAUAACGCCAAGACAUGCCACAUUUACCUGGCUGAGAGACAAUGACGAGUCAACAUGCAAUGAGGAUAAGAAUCUUGCAUCGAUACACUUGACUUGGAACACACCAUUUCCUUUUACCUGGCUAAGACUCAAAUUCAACUCUCAAGGUCUAACAGGGCUAUUUACUAUAACCUUCAAAACCAAACACUCUUUCACUAUGAGUUGUAACAAUGAAUACUACAGUACUGCUGACAAUACAACAGUGGACUACAAGUGUGAUAUAAACGAAGAGAUAAAUGACCUGACACUAACAGGACCUGGUCUCAAGUCAAUAUGUUCUUUCUAUAUCAGUGGAGGUCGAAAUGUUGCCUUACGCCAACCAGCAGUGCAAACAACGACAUUGGAAAGUUCAUCAGCGACUUUGGCUGUCGACGGGCUAACAGAGUGUACCUACUAUUUGGGCUCCACGAGCCAUACUUACACUUUUGCUGAUGCAUACCCAAGCUGGACACUGAAUCUCAACGCUCCUAAAGCGGUCAAUAGAUUUGUGAUAUAUAACAGAGCUGACUGUUGUUUGAUCCGUUUAAAAAACUUUAUCUUGACAUCGUUUGAUAUCAACAACAACACCUUGUGGACCUAUCAAGACCCAAGUUCCGAGCCUUUAUUAGUCUACACGUUUACCACAAUACAAAGUGAUCCCGUGUUCAAGAUAAGAAUAGUCCCAACAAACAAACUGAGUGAAGACUCUCACUAUGUAUUAUCAUUGUGUGAAGUCAUUAUGUAUGGAGACUGUGUGCCAGGAAGCUGGGGUUUGGAAUGUAAUAAAACUUGUCCCAUGGAAUGUUCAGGCUCGUGUCAUCAAGAAACAGGAAUGUGUUUUAAAUGCCUUGGUUGCACAGUGUGUCCAAGUGGUCAGUGGGGUCCUGAUUGUACUGACCAGUGCAGUACGGCUUGUUACAACAGAUCAUGUGAUAGGACGACUGGACUUUGUGAUAAAGGAUGUCAAGGAUUCGCUAAUGCGCCCUACUGUAAUACAACAUGUCCAAGUGGUCAGUGGGGUCCUAACUGUACCAACCAGUGCAGUGAAAAAUGUUACAACGGAUCAUGUGAUAGGACUUCUGGUGUUUGCGACAAGGGAUGUGACGGAUUUACCAAUCCGCCCUUUUGUAAUGCAGCAUGUCCAAGUGGUCAGUGGGGCCUCAACUGUAUCCAGCAGUGCAGUGAGAAUUGUUACAACAGAUCAUGUAAAGUUACAACUGGUGUUUGUGACCAGGGGUGUAUCGGAUUUACGGAUCCACCAUUUUGCAAUACAGUAUGUCCAGUUGGUCAGUGGGGUCCUAACUGUACAAAACAGUGCACUAUAAAUUGUUACAAUGAGUCAUGCGAUGCGAGAACUGGUCAAUGUGACGAAGGCUGUCCAGAAUUGACAAAUCUACCCAAUAGUGAUACAGAAUGUCCAAGAGGUCAGUGGGGUUCAAACUGUACCAACCAGUGCAGUGGGAAUUGUUACAGAAGAUCGUGUGAUAGAACAACUGGACUUUGUGACAAAGGAUGUAACGGAUUUACGGAUCCGCCAUUGUGUAGUGCAGUAUGUCCAAGUGGUCAAUGGGGUCUUAACUGUAUCAACCAGUGCAGUAUACACUGUUACCAUAGAUCAUGUGAUAGGACAACUGGUCAGUGUGACAAAGGAUGUCAUGGAUAUCUUAAUCCACCCUACUGUAAUACAGCAUGCCCAAGUGGUUAUUUUGGUAUCAACUGUAUCAACCAGUGCAGUAUGAAUUGUUAUAAUGGAUCGUGUAAUAGGACUUCAGGUGUUUGUGACAAGGGAUGUAGCGGAUUUACGGAUCCACCUUUUUGUACUACAGCAUGUCGAAGGGGUCAAUGGGGUCCUAACUGUACCAAUCAGUGCAGUAAAAACUGUUUCAAUGGAUUAUGUGAUAGUACAACCGGUCAGUGUAGCCAAGGCUGUCAAGGGUUUACUAAUCCACCAUCUUGUGAUACAGCAUGUCCGAGUGGUCAGUGGGGCCUCAACUGUAUCACCCAGUGCAGUAUCCAUUGUUACAACAGAUCUUGUGAUAGGACAACUGGUGCUUGUGACAAGGGAUGUAAUGGAUUUACUGAUCCUCCGUAUUGUACUACAGUAUGUCCAAGUGGUCAGUGGGGUUCGAACUGUAGUUACCAGUGCAGCGUGAACUGUUACAACAGAUCAUGUGAUAGAAUAACUGGACUUUGUGACAAGGGAUGUAACGGAUUUACGGAUCCACCAUUUUGUAAAGAAGUAUGUCCAAGAGGUCAGUGGGGUCCUAACUGUACCAAUAAGUGCAGCAUGAACUGUUACAAGGAAUCAUGCGAUAGUACAACUGGUCAGUGUGACGAAGGAUGCAACGGAUUUACGAAUCCACCAUUAUGUAAUUUAGCAUGCCCAAGUGGUCAGUGGGGUUCAAACUGUACCAACCAAUGCAGUGCGAAUUGUUACAACGGUUCAUGUGAUACAUCAACUGGACGGUGUGACAAUGGAUGUAACGGGUUUAUGGACCCACCAUUUUGUAAUGCAGCAUGUCCAAGUGGUCAAUGGGGUUCGAACUGUACCAAUAAGUGCAGUGCGAAUUGUUACAACAGAUCAUGUGAUAGGAGAACUGGACAGUGUGACAAUGGAUGUAGUGGAUUUAUGGACCCACCAUUUUGUAAUGCAGUAUGUCCAAGUGGUCAAUGGGGUCCAAACUGUACCAACCAGUGCAGUAUAAAUUGUUACAAUGGAUUAUGCGUUAGUACAACUGGUCAGUGUGACAACGGAUGCAACGGAUUUACUAAUCCACCAUAUUGCAACGCAGCAUGUCCAAAUGGUCAGUGGGGUCUAAACUGUAUCGACCGGUGCAGCAUAAAUUGUAACAAAAGAUCAUGUGAAAGCACAUCUGGUUUAUGUGACAAGGGAUGUAACGGAUUUGCAGAUCCACCAUUUUGCACUAUGGUAUGUCCAAGUGGCCAGUGGGGUCCUAACUGCAGCAACCAGUGCAGUGAGAAUUGUUUCAAUGGAUCGUGUGAUAGUACAACUGGUCUGUGUGACAAAGGAUGCAACGGAUUUAUUAAUCCGCCCUAUUGUGAUACAGUUGCAGAUUUGAAGACAGCAGAUUUGAAAACCACGGAUUGUCCAGCAGGUUUUCACGGUACUAACUGUAGUCUCCAAUGUUCUUCCAACUGUAAUGAGAAUGUAUGUAAUAGAUUUGGUCUCUGUAUUUCAUGUAAAGCUGGAUUUGCUGGUCUCUACUGUGAACUAGUGACAGACACAGAUUCCGGUGGUUACACAUUUACCUCAGGAGUUGGUGUUGGAAUAGUUGUUGGUGCUGUUGCUGUCGUGAUUGUUGUGGCUGCAGUUCUAUGUCGACGGAGAAAGAAGCAGCCAAAGCAUCAAAGCCAUGACGAGUCAAACCACGGAACCAUACUCCAAGUUUAUCGGAGUGUCAAUAAACUGAAUGUAUACAGUCAUUUGAACGAAGAGACCACUGAACCAGAUGAAGUUGAAGCAGAUUUAAGAAAAUCACACGAACUCUGAAAAUUCAGCCAACACAAUUUAUGGGAACAUGUAAAUGUGCACAGCAAUUUUCAAAAUAUCUGAUAAUAUUGUUAACUAUUGCAAUGGACAGUAAUGUUUUGUUCCGUAAUUAUAAACACAUUUACAUAAGAGGUUACAAUUUUAAAGAAACCAGCAGACGGUUGGUAGUAAAAAAGAUACAAUCGUCUCAUUCUGAGUAUGCAUUUUGAAAUUGACAUUUACAAAUAAAAUUCUGUAAAUAUUUUAGUUUUUGUAUUUGUUAAACAAAACGACAUGAGUAUAAAAUAAGCAUGCAUUUAUUUUUUUAAAAUUUUUUACUGUGAUUAAAAUAUUUUGUACAGGAA